AUGCAUCUGUCUGGGUGUGUUUUUCAGGGGGAAGGAACUUUUGGUUCAGGUAUAGACGCUGUUCAAUCGAUGGACCACAUCUUCGUAUGCACUCUCGCUUGUCCCAACCCGCCAGUCGGGCUCAAGGCUCGCCGGCGGCCGCCGCGCCACGCGCUCGUAGUGGGUUUCAACUCCGAAACUUGUUUUAUUGUUCCUUGUUUUUGCAACGGAUUUGCACCGCCGCUAUACAAAGAAGGUUAG